AUGGAUAACUCAGACAUUAUUGAGAGCAUUCGCGUGACCGAGUUCGAGGGCGAAGACUGGCCUUGCUUCGUCUUUCCAGAUCACCAGGUGCCUCCCGGCAUGAUCGAGCCACGACCUCACAAGCACGCUCUACCGGUACUGUUUCUGGAACGACACAAAUUUGAAUGGCGCAGUCGCGAUGCCCUCAACGACUUUGACCCUUGUGAAGACAGAACAUUUGACGCAACUCGUGCCGGCAGAGAACGCGAGCAGGCGUACAAAGAGGCUCAGGAGUUCCAUGAUCUGAAUUACUACCACAAGCUGGUCUGUAAGAUACAAGCAGCACAAGAAACGGCGCAGGACAAGGUCAUCGAUCUAGAGAACAGCGAUGACAAUGAUGACGACAGCUUCCUCAAGCCUAGCAAGCACGCUUCACUACAAGACGACAGUGAUGACGAAGUCACAACCACUUCAGUGACCAAGAAGAAACGUUCCUAUUCCUCAGCUUUUAAACGCCCUGGCCUGCCGACCCCUAGAUCGACACCCAACAAGAAAGCAAAAGCAUCACCAAAGACCCCAGCUCCCUCACUUCCAUUCGGCGAAGAUGAUAGUGACGUGGAUCUUCCUCAUCCCUCAACCUUCACACCCAGCCGAAAGACAGGACCUAAGUCAGCAGGUUCCCAGUGGAAGCCCAGCGGCAAAUUACUCAAGGCCGACCCAGCCGACUAUGUCGCUCAGAAACAACUCGAGUUGCUCAAGAAAAGAAAGGCGAUGGCAAAGACUCGCCUGAGAAGCCAAAGGUUCUCGAGCCUGUCAAAGAGUGAGUCUACAAAUCAUGGUUCUUGGUGCUGUAUGCCACAUACUAACGUGCCAUUUAGNNUCCGCUCAAGGUCAAUAUCUACGUUGGCGACGAGGGAAAGCUAUUCAUCCUGGAACGAGCCCUAA